AUGGUUCGAUCAACUUUAUCCACCCAACGGCCAGGGAGUAAGCAUUACUCUCUCUUAACCUUGAGCAGUAAAAUAAUUCUGUCUAGUUACUUGCUCCAGCACCAUAGCGGCUACUUCGUCAAUCCUAGCGCUGCUAAUUUGAGGUUGGCACUCCUGUGUGCUUCGUAUCUUACACUUCCGUGCUUCAGUCCGUAUCUGGACCUAUCCGACGUUGGAGUUUCAGUCCACAAAGGAGACUACGCUUUUCAGGAGUACGCAGCCUUGAACUGGAUUCACCAUAUCAAAUGUUUGACCGACUAUGGCGAACUAGCGACCAAUGUUGAUAUGUCAAGCCUAAAGACAGCAGUCGUCAUUUUGUUUCAGCGACAUUUCGCACAAUUUGCCAUUGGUAAUUCAGAUUCAAGCACCCAGGAUCUCGAUUUCAACAUGCACAGUAUCUCAGCAGCAUUGGACGACUGUCAAAAGUCAUACGACAUGGUAGACAACAUCUGUGUUAACGAAACCGAUUCAGGUAAAGUAAUGGCACUGAGUGCGCUAGAAUGCCGCUAA